AUGGCUCCCUCAACCACCGUUCCGACCAAGGACCAGAUCCUAGUCCCCGAGACCCUCCUGAAGAAGCGCAAGAGCCAGGAGAAGGCUCGCGCUGAGAAGCUCGAGAAGGCCCAGGAGCAGAAGAAGCUCGGUAAGGAGAAGCGUGGCAUCUUCUUCAAGCGUGCCGAGAAGUACGUCGCCGAGUACCUCGCCCACGAGCGUGAGCAGGUCCGCCUCACCCGUCUCGCCAAGCAGGAAGGCAGCUUCCAUGUUGCUGCUGAAGACAAGCUACUCUUUGUUAUCCGAAUCAAGGGUAUCAACAAGAUUGCCCCUAAGCCCCGCCAGAUCCUUAAGCUUCUCCGUCUGACUCAGAUCAACAAUGGUGUCUUCGUUCGCAUCACCAAGGCUACCGCUGAGAUGAUCAAGAUCGUUGAGCCGUGGGUUGCCUACGGAUACCCCAACCUAAAGAGCGUCAAGGAGCUCAUCUACAAGCGCGGUUACGGCAAGAUCAACAAGCAGCGCAUUCCCCUUACCGAUAACGCUAUCAUCGAGGAGAGCCUCGGCAAGUACGGCAUCGUCUGCAUGGAGGAUCUCGUUCACGAGAUCUACACUGUUGGUCCCAACUUCAAGCAGGCCUCCAACUUCCUGUGGCCUUUCAAGCUUAGCAACCCCAACGGUGGUUUCCGAACCCGCAAGUUCAAGCACUUCAUCGAGGGUGGUGACUUGGGUAACCGUGAGGACAAGAUCAACCGCCUGAUCCGACAGAUGAACUAA